AUGGCCGAAGGGAUUGGCAUCUUGAAAUCCCUGUACUCGUUUUCGGGGAGGUCGUUUUCCGACGACCCUACUUCGAAUGCAGCAGUUGGGUCUCGUCGUACUGCUCGACGAUACCAAGGACAUCAACAAUCAGCUGGGCACAAGGCUACCAGCUGUCCCACUCCGGUGGAUAGCCACGCCAGCGGACGAGGUAGAUCAUCCGGACACCGUUCACAUCGCGGUGGAUCUAAAUACGCUCCACUAGGAAGCGUUGACCACCGCCUGAGUCCACCAAAGGUUGUGGUGGCGGCGGAAACACCUGAUCCGGCUCGAGGGUCGGAUCAACUUGAUGUUCAAGAGCUGAACCGUCUAACGGAACAGUUGCAAAAUGACCUGGCUCACGAACGGACUCGGCGUUAUAAGCUUCAUGAUCUUGUGAGGGAUAAUUAUUAUUACCUAACGCACGAUCGUUCAGACGAUCGUGCCGCUUUUGCGCUCGCGCAGCUUAAGAACGAACGUUUGACUCGUUCUCUUCAUGAUGAGCUGGCUCCAGCUCGUCGAGACAUCGCUGAGCUGCUUGAACAGGUCGCUUCGCUAGUCGACCAGACUGGUUCGUUGAAACGGCACCAAUCGAAGGUGGUAUCGGCUCUCGAACGUGGAGGUUUUCUUCGCAUCUCGAAACGGGCUCGUGCUGAUAGUAUGGGCGGAGACGACCGACGUAAAACGUAG